AUGUCUGGACGUGGCAAGGGCGGGAAGGGGCUAGGAAAAGGGGGCGCUAAGCGUCAUCGGAAGGUGCUGCGUGACAAUAUUCAGGGAAUCACCAAGCCUGCAAUCCGGCGUCUGGCUCGGCGUGGCGGGGUCAAGCGCAUUUCUGGUCUUAUUUACGAAGAGACGCGCGGUGUGCUCAAGGUUUUUCUGGAGAAUGUAAUCCGGGACGCUGUUACCUACACAGAGCAUGCUAAGCGUAAGACUGUUACCGCCAUGGACGUGGUGUACGCACUGAAGCGUCAGGGACGCACGCUCUACGGCUUCGGCGGCUAA